AUGCCGAUCCCUUUGCUGCCGAUGAUGGAUGCUAACCAUGGAGCAGAAUUCCAUCUGGAUGCACGGCUUCGCGAAAGGCUGUUGAACGCGUUGCAAUACGGCGAUGCUGCCGCUGAGCGAUCCAACACGGACAACAACCAGCUCGACCCUUAUCUGGAGUAUAUCUGCACUCGGCUUAUGCGAAGCAGUGCAGAUGGGAAGCCGCACCUGGGCAACCUCGUCGAACUGUUCAUCACGGCGGUCGAGUAUUUCGGCCACCAAGAAAGAAUCAAUCACACGGUGGGCAAAUAUCUGCGUACACAAGAAGACCAUCUCCGCUCUAUUUUCUCUUUAGAUGACAGUGACGAGUUCGCGAAGGCCCGUUGGCGAAGGGAGCGCAUUAACGACGUGGUCAGCUCUAUUGCCCUGUGGAUAAUGGAAGAGGACUUUCACGAGCGCUUUGAGAACCAGUCGAUCAGAGCCGUAUUUUUCAGCAGGGUCAAGGCAGGCUUCAUAGGCUAUAGCAAUCUCGCCUUGAACGACAACCAGCUUGAUCACGAUGGAAAUUUCACCAUCUGGUCGAUUGCAGAUGUGUUAGGACUGUUGCCGACGCUGGAGUCGUGGGUGGAAGCGCCCUCGGCCGAUCCACACGAAGAAGUCUUUCAAAGUCGUUUGAACGCCCGGUUGAUCAAUCGCAUCGGCCAAGUGCGGUUCCGUUGGACUUUCAACUGCAGUGAACAUAUGCAGUUACGGAACAAUGAACUGUAUCUCUUCUGCAUGCCAUCCCGCCAUCUGUUGGAGCCGAAGUUGGUGGAAAACGAUACCCCUGACGCGGCGCUCGAUUCACUCGGUUUCCGGCGCGAACGCGGCGAAGAGAUCUUGAAGUCUUACUACCUGCUGUUCGGGCCUCAGAACAAGCAGCUCCUCAAGGAUCUGCUGGCUAGUCCUCACCUUUCUUCACCUCAUGACAGUGUGUUGAAGGAGUACUGUGAAGAGAAUGCAGCUGGUCGCGCCGCCGAGAGUCUUGCACGGUGGUCAAAACAGGAAUUCAAGUAUCUGUGGCCUUCCAUCAAGUAUCUCGAGCAUUUUCUGCGCGAUAUCGAACCCGACAAGCUCAUCAAACUGAUCUAUCGAGAUCGGCGGAAUUCCUACGCCUGGUGGACGUUCUUACUUGCCUUUAUAGUGGUGAUUCUGACGUUGAUUUCCACCGUAUUUACCGUCAUACAGGGUUUGAAAGCCUUCUUCCCCAGUGGCGGUGCGACAUCCGUCGUCAUAGUGACUAUGAACGCACAGCCUGCUGCGACUGGGACCACGACGCCUACCUCCACCGUAUUCAGCACGCGAAGUUCUACGGCGGCUGCGUCGAGUACCACUACUGCUGCACCCACGUUGCUGUCUACAGCUGUUUUCGAACUUGAGUCAAGCUGUUUUGAUGUCUACACUACCUUUUGCGUGCCCUUUUAUUCCGAGGCCAGUAAUUGUGCAAACAUCUACACGGGCAAUUCGACAAACUUGUCGAGAUAUAGCGCAAUGUCAUCGUGUUAUUGCACCGACAGCUCUAUGCUAUCGCUUGCUUCACGCUGCGAGUAUGAUUUCGGCAAGAGCUGUGUGGGCGACAUUCAGAGUCUUGGUAAUGUGGAGUGGAACUGGACUGAUCCCUUUCCCGGCAUCUGUUGCUGCAACGACCACUUCAACGCCAACAGCAUCUGCACAAUCUUCGACAAGCUCCUCGUCCUCUUCCUCCUCCCCGAGUUCAGGAACAAUAGCGGGUAUUGUCGUAGCAGCAGUGGCUGGUGUAUUCGCGCUCGUGGUGGUCAUUUGGACCAUUAUUAG